UCUCUCCCCUCUCCUCCUCUCCCUCUAUGAUAUGAAUGAUAGUAGUAGCGGUGGAAUUAGCAGUGGAAGCGGCUGCUCUCUGAUACCCGGCACGACGACAGCAGCAGCAGCAGCCCGGUAAUCCUCCCCCCUCCACUCUCUCCUCCCCCUCUCCCCUCCAUGGGGCGGAGCGUGGUUGUGGACCCCCCCCCGCCUUCACCCUUCCACCUCCUGAGCUGCACGCGCUCAGUGAGCACCUGAGAGGAGCUGCUGGUGACUGAAGCAGAGCACACACAGAUCACAGCCAGGGGGCCCCUGACGCUGCUCCACCACUAGCCCCAGCUCCCCUGACGCAGCUGCACCGCUAGCCCCAGCUCCCCUGAUGCAGCUGCACCGCUAGCCCCAGCUAUUCUCAACAGGACCUGAUACAGAGCAGGACAGGAGGAUGAGGAGGGAAGAGAAGGAUGAGGAACAGACUCCAGCUGUCACACUGCUGACAGAGAUGGGAUAGGGAUUUGUAUAGACAGAGGAUUAGAGUACAGGGAUCGAGAGAUAGAGGACGACUCUGAAGCAGCACAACGCUCUGAAUAAACUUCCACUUUUCCAUCCUCUGAUCGCGCUGCUGAAGUGGGCUGGCUCUGCGGAAUUUAGACUUUAGACUUUCAUGUCCUUUUGCCUGGUUAAUAUCUUAGACAUGGAAUCGCCGACCAAGGAGAUAGAGGAUUUUGAGAGUAACUCUCUGAAGUUUCUGCAGCCAGACCAGAUUGAGAAGAUAUGGCUGAGGCUGAGAGGACUAAGGAAAUACAAGAAGACGUCACAAAGGUUGCGAUGCUUGGUGAAACAGUUGGAACGAGGAGAGGCGUCCGUCGUCGACCUCAAGAAGAACUUGGAGUAUGCAGCCUCAGUCCUGGAGUCUGUGUACAUCGAGGAGACACGACGGUUGGUGGACACGGAGGAUGAGCUCAGUGACAUCCAGUCGGACUCGGUGCCGUCGGAGGUGCGUGAUUGGCUUGCCUCCACCUUCACGCGUCAGAUGGGUCUGAUGCUGCGCCGGACCGAAGAGAAACCGCGCUUCCGCAGCAUCGUACACGCAGUGCAGGCUGGGAUAUUUGUUGAGAGGAUGUACCGCCGGACGUCCAACAUGGUGGGAUUAAGCUAUCCGCCCAGCGUGAUCACGGUGCUCAAGCACGUGGACAUGUGGUCUUUUGACGUGUUUGCCCUGAAUGACGCGAGUGGGGACCACGCGUUGAAAUUCAUAUUCUAUGAGCUCCUCACAAGAUAUGACCUCAUCAAUCGCUUCAAGAUCCCUAUCUCUGCACUGGUGUCCUUUGUGGAAGCCUUGGAGGUGGGCUACAGCAAACAUAAGAAUCCCUACCAUAACCUGAUGCACGCUGCAGAUGUCACUCAGACAGUACACUAUCUAUUAUUGAAGACAGGCAUGGUGAACUGGCUGACUGAGCUGGAGAUCUUUGCCAUGAUCUUUGCUGCUGCUGUCCAUGAUUACGAACACACAGGGACCACUAACAACUUCCAUAUCCAGACCAGGUCAGGCACGGCCAUCUUGUAUAAUGACCGUGCAGUUCUGGAGAACCACCAUGUGAGUGCUGCCUACCGCCUCCUACAGGACGAUGAUGAGAUGAACAUCCUCCUCAACCUGUCCAAAGACGACUGGAGAGAGCUACGGGCCCUGGUGGUAGAGAUGGUACUGGCCACAGACAUGUCCUGUCACUUCCAACAGAUCAAGGCCAUGAAGAACUUCCUCCAACAGCCAGAGGCGAUUCUCAAGCCCAAGGCCUUAUCACUGAUCCUGCACACAGCUGAUAUCAGCCACCCGGCCAAGAACUGGGAUCUGCACCACAGGUGGACCACAUCACUCCUGGAAGAGUUCUUCAGACAGGGGGAUAAAGAAGCAGAGCUGGGCCUGCCCUUCUCUCCUCUGUGUGACCGCAAGUCAACCAUGGUGGCCCAGUCUCAAAUCGGCUUUAUUGAUUUCAUCGUGGAGCCCACGUUCACAGUCCUCUCAGACAUGACAGAGAAGAUUGUGACGCCACUGAUCGACGAGGCGUCUCGUUCCGGCCUCGCUGGGUUCAGACGCUCCAGUUGCUGUACUGAGAGGAGAGCUGGCAAUCUGAACAGUAUUCCAGUGGGGGAUGGGAAGCGGUCCAGUGUGAUCAGUACAGGCUCAGAGGGCAGUGGAACACUCAACUGUUCCCCGGGAACCGUCGACUAUAAGGGCUUCAAGGCCACCUGGAAUGAAGAGGUGCACCAGAACAGAGAGAAAUGGAAGACCCAGGCUGCUAAAGAUCUGGAGGAGAAAACCAAAAGGGAAGCAGAGGAGAAGGCUUCGCAGGAGGGGACAGAGGAGGGGAAAGAGUCUGGAACGACAGAAGAGAAGGAGGAAAAGAAAGCGAGGGAUGAAGAAGAAGGUACACAAGCAGGGGGAGAGAAAAAGGAAGCGGGGGAGGAAGUGCCCAAAGAGGAGGAAGGGAACAUGGACCCAGGGGGGACCGUCGGGACCACACCAACAACAUCAGGACCAGGACCAGGCCUGAACCACUUGGACCCCAAGGAGCCUGAAAGCAGCAGCACCAGCACAGAGAAAAACCAGCAAGUUCAAAACGGGGAAGUACCAGAGGAGCUAGACUCACCUGACACUGACUCUGGCUCUGAUGAUGAAAGUGAGAAAAACACCUCUGACGACUCGUCAGGCUCGGAGGGCUAUGACUUGAUUCGCUACUACAAGAGACCGAGCUACUGUGCCAACUCUCACCUGGCACUACCCUCCAGAGAGAAAGAGAGGGAGAGGAGACCAGAGGGCAGGCUCAUCGACCCCAGGAGCAGAGUCAGGAAGCUUCAGGGCAUCUCCCUACGCCGGAGGAAGUGACAUCACAAAAAGUGACCUCACAAGAAGUGACAUCACAGAAAUCUGUAGACAUUGCAACCUACGUUGUUCUCACUUAUACUUAUACUGGCGCCAGCAAGGCAAAGCUGUACCCAGACAUUAGAUUAUUAAAUUAUGAUUUCAUAUAUAGUAGUUAAAAAUGAACUGACAGUGUUUUAGAACCAUUCAAUCUUGUUAAAAUAUGUUUAUAUACACCCUCUCUGGAUAUGGCGCAUUUGUUUUCACAUUUUGUGACAAGCAAGCAUUUUUCAAGUUUUCAUGUUUGGGAAUGACGUCGUGUCGGGUAUUUGUGAAAGUCUAUAUUAAUAUGAGUGGGAAAGCGACGGUGCCUUUGGGCAAUUAAUAGACACUACUGUAAAUAAAAAAUUUAAAAAUGUG